GAACAAACGAGCCAAGGACAACAACAUGCUUGUGCAGAGGACGUCGGUGGCGGCGCGGCGCCGGCUGGCGCGCCAGCUGCAGCAAGUGGAUGGCCUCCGCAUGCUGGGCGAUGGCCAUGGCGCUCGACAAGCGCUGCCCACUGCGUGCCUCGCCUUGCAGCAAGCGCGUCCUUGCAUGCUACGCCUCGUCCUGCCUACCCGAGCGCUCUCGACGGCCGCCACGUCGCCGACGCCGUCGUCUUCGCCCAGCUUUCCAUCCGCCGACGUGGUGACAACAGCACAUGGCGUCGUAGCGACCAGCGCCUUUGCGCCCGGCGCCGUCAUCUUCUGCGAGACGGCCAUCGCAGCGUCCAGCUUUGGCCACCACUGCCACCAUGACCACCACACGUGCGACCACGACCAUGGCCACGUUCAUACGUGUGAUCACGACCACCACCAUCACGGUACGAUCAAUGACCUCCACGGCCACGACGACUGCGACUAUGCCCACGGUGCCCCUGCACACUGCAACCAUGACCAUGCCCACGAUCACGAUCACUGCGACCAUGACCAUGGGCAUCACCACGUUGAGACGCUUACAGAGGCCGAGCGCGAUACCAUGGCACCGGCGAUCGCUGCCUCCUUUGACGCGUACAUGGCCUUUUGCGCGACGCACGCCGACGUCCUCGGGCGACGCGACAUUGCCAGCAACCUCGUCAAACUGCUUCACGCGAUCGCAUCCGACGCGUCAUUGCUGCCCGAUCUACUGCGUCUCUCAGUGCUCUCGGACCGCGUGCCCGCCUGCAUGGCGACCGCUGUCGCCCUCCGAUCGCACCUCCCACCCUCGAGCCUGCCUCCAACUAUCUCCGACGCAGAGCUCGCGCACCUUCUCGGCGUACUGCUCAACCAUGCGCAGGCGCUCAACAGCAUCGACGGCAGCGGUGUCUUUCGGUACAUCCCGCGACUGCACCACGCGUGCAUCCCCAACGUCCACAUCGCGGCCGACGGAACGACGCUCCGCGCCACAGCAAUGACGCCGAUUGCAGUCGGUGACGCGCUCACGUUUGACACGCUCGACAUGUACUACUGGACGCACCCGGACCGGGCAGCGGCCCUCGCGGCCGACGAGAUCACUUGCAACUGCGACUGGUGCAAGGGCGCCGUGCCGGAUCAUGCGCGGACAUACAAGUGCAACGAUCCUGCAUGCCACGGCGUCGUUUACCCAGCGACAACGAUACCCAUCACGGCGACGUGUUCGUGCUGCAGCCGCGUCUGGACGGUCGACGAGGUGGCGGCCAUGACGGAGCACGAAGAGGCGACGGCGUCGACGCUGCAAACCGCGACCAACUUGGCCGAGAUUGAGGCGAUCGUGGCGGCCUCGCCGCUGCACGGGACCCACCGAGUGUGCUACGAUGCACUUGCGCACCUCUCGGCGACCCUGCGCGACGAUGCCGACGAUGCGGAAGCCGUCCGUCGGCAGCUUCUAGCGUGCGUCGACGCGGUUGUGCCGUAUGCGCAUCCGACGACGAUCGAGCACUAUGAUGCGUUGGCGGCUGCGCUCGUCGUCCAGGGCAAGGUGGACGAGGCGCGCGUAGCGUACGCAGCAGCGUUGGAGAUGGCAAAUUGCUGCUUUGGCGCCGACCACGAGACGACCCGCUUGUACCAGGCGCUGACCGAGACCACACCGAAGACGCGCGCGGCUUGGGCGGACGUGUAUGAUGUGCACGAUGACGAUAGCGCAGUGAAGCGUUCAUAGUAGAAACGUCGGAUGCGAGACCCCGUAGAAUCAACAUUUUACUAGAUACUAGAGUAUAUAAUUUGAUACCUAUGUCCUUCGUGAUGCUCCAA